CAAACAUGUGCUAGCCAUGUAAACGCAUGUUUGAAACAUGUGUUUAGAGCAUGUUUUUCACAUUUGAAACACAUGUUUAUUCAAUGAUCGGACUGGUAGGGUGUCCACCGUCAUGGCAUCCACGACCUUACCGCGCGUUGACUGCAGCGUCCUGCAAGUGCAGGCCGGGAUCCAUGCGCGCGCGUCGCGAAGUCCUGCGCGGAGACUCGCCUCGGCCGCCCCUCGCCCGCCCGCGGCAGCGGCCCGCGCGCGCAUGGGCCGCAGAGGGCGCCACCAGAGGAGCCUUGGCUCUGGCGUUCGCGCGCGGCGUUCACAUGCUGCGGCGCUUGGCUCCGCGGGUGCCUUCGCCGGCGCAGGGCCCGCCCCCGGCGCGCCCUGCGGGCCACCGGGCGCCGGGCGGCCCCUCGGCGUGGGCGGCCCCGCGCAGGUGACGCCCAGGGGGCCCGCCGCUGGCGCGCUGCUCGCGGCCGCGGAGCAGGUGGCAGCAGGCGCCGGCGAGCCUAGGCGGGGGCCGUUGGGCUCCAGGAGGGCCGCGCCAGAGGAGUGGCCGCCGCUGGACGCCCUGGACCAGAGGAUCGCGAGCCUGCAGGGCAAGCUCGGGCUCUCAGAGAGGGGAGCACCGUGGAGCGGCCCGACCAGGCGGCCCGUCGAUCUCGAGGCCGGCGAGGCCCAGAGCGUCAUCGAGGACUUCCUGGCCCGGAGCGCCCCCUCCGAGGCGAGCUCCAGGCGCGGAGCGGCCAGGGAGGCCCCGAGGCGAGUGCCUGGCGACGGGCGAUGGCACCCUGGCGGUGGUGGUUGGCCCGCUGGCCGGUGAGCGGCAGCUUAGAGCGCGUCCCUUGAGAGCAGGGAGCAGGUGGGAGGAUCUGUCGUAAGUAAUGUUUGUUUCUUUUCCUGCUCAUUCUUCUGCUCCUCCUUGUCAUCCUCCUCCUCC